AGACAAGAUGGCCGAUCCAAAGAUCCAGGAGCUGCUUACGAAGCCGCGCAAUGAACUCACAGAGUACGAGAUCUCCCAGCUCGAAGAACAUGAGUUCUCCGCGGGACCUCUCUCGAUCCUCCAGACGGCCGUCCGCAGCCACACCCAAGUCCUGAUCUCCAUCCGAAACAACAGGAAGCUUCUGGCGCGUGUAAAGGCAUUUGACAGGCAUUGCAACAUGGUCUUGGAGAAUGUGAAGGAGAUGUGGACAGAGACACCCAAACUGGCGAGCGGCAAGAAGGGACGGCCGAUCAACAAGGACAGGUUCAUCAGCAAGAUGUUGCUGCGGGGGGACUCUGUCAUCCUGGUGCUCUUAAGUUGAAGGAGGCACUUACGAUUUCAUGAUACCCAGACGAGGGGACCGUGCCAGUCAUCAGGGUGUGUUUUUUUUGUUUUGCUUUCAUCAAUAGGGACCAGGGUCAUU